UCUGGGAACUAAGAGGUAGUCAACCUUGCUCUUCCUGUUUUCUUAAUUUUAAUCUAAUGUCGUUUCUUCUCUUCUUUUCUUCAGCAUGUUUGGUAUGGCCUACCUCAUCUGCAACAGAAAUGAGUGUUACCCUUUGCUGGGACGUGAUAAAGAGAUCAAAUACUUCAUGUGUUCUAUGAAGGAGUUUUUGAUGUCUAACUGCAGCCAAGUCCUAAUGUAUGAAGGAUUACCAGGAUAUGGGAAAAGUCAGAUGCUUAUGGAAAUUGAGUACCUGGCUCAAGGCGAGGACCACAGGACUAUUGCUAUUGCUUUGACUAAGGUCAGCUACCAUCAGAGUUUUUAUACCAUCCAGAUACUCAUGGCCAAUGUACUAGGUCUAGAUACUUGUAAACAUUACAAAGAAAGACAGACCAACCUUCAGAAUAAAAUCAAGCCAGUUCUGGAGGAGAAGUUCCACUGUCUUCUUAAUGGCAUUUUCCAUGUACAGUUCCCUAUAUCACGAGAAGUUUCCAAGAUGAAUUCCUUGAGAAAGCAAAAGCAACUGGAAGCCUUGUUCAUGAGGAUCUUGGAGCAAACGGUGAAAGAGGAAAGGAUCAUCUUUAUCAUUGAUGAAGGUCAGUUUGUAGACUCAGCCUCCUGGGCCUUCUUGGAGAAGCUUAUUCAAACUGUCCCCAUCUUCAUCAUCAUGUCACUGUCACCCUUCAUGGAACCACCCUGCCCAGCAGCCAGUGCCAUAAUGAAGAAUAGGAAUACCACCUAUGUUGUUCUGGGUGCUGUACAGCCCAAAGACAUUCGUAACAAAGUUUGCCUGGACCUCAAUGUUCAAGGUAUCCCUAAGGAGCUAGACUUAUUCCUGGUGGAGGGAAGCUGUGGAAUUCCAUAUUACUGUGAAGAAUUGCUGAAAAAUCUAGACCAACACAGAGUGUUAGUUUUUCAACCAAUGGAGUCUGAAGAAAAGACAAAUGUGACCUGGCACAACCUGUUCAAGAAUUUUACCAAGCCAACAGAGGAAUUGUACCCCUUUGCUCUCAGUGAUGUGGAGAGAGGGGAAGAAGUCUGUAAUCUGGCUAGUGGUGUCAGAUUGAAAAACAUGUCACCACCAGCCUCAUUAAAAGAAAUCUCUCUGGUGCAACUGGAUAGCAUGAGUCUUUCUCAUCAGAUGCUGGUGAGGUGUGCAGCCAUCAUCGGCCUGACCUUCACCACUGAGCUGCUGUUUGAGAUCCUCCCCUGCUGGAACAUGAAGAUGAUGAUUAAUGCCCUGGCCACACUUGUGGAGUCCAAUGUCUUCAAUUGCUUCCGAAACAGCAAGGAGCUCCAUCUGGCUCUCAAGCAGAAUACGGCCUCACAUGAGGUGAACUAUCGCUCUCUGUCACUGAAACCCACUGCAGGAACGGUCCAUGGCGAGGAGGAAGAGCUCCGUGAAUUGGAGAGCCAGGUGAUUGAGUGCCACAUCAUCCGCUUCUGCAAACCUAUGAUGCAGAAGACAGCCUAUGAGCUGUGGCUCAAGGACCAGAAGAAGACCAUGCACUUGAAAUGUGCCCGCUUCUUGGAAGAAAAUGCACACAGAUGUGACCACUGUCGGAGUAGGGACUUUAUCUCCUACCAUCACUUCACAGUGGACAUCCGGCUCAAUACUCUAGACAUGUAUACCAUCCAGAAGAUUAUCAGGUCCCGUGGAUUUCAAACUAAAGAAGAAACUACCUUUCUCCAAGCAGGGCUUCCUAAGAAAACACAAUUACUUUCUGAAGACUUCAGUUCUGAAGACAUAAGAGAUAUGAUCUUGAGUUUCUUUGACAACACUAUAGCAAAAAUGAAGAUGCCUCAGGAAGAUAUCAUCCCCCUGGAAUCCUGUCAGUGUGAGGAAAUCCUUGAGAUGGUUAUCUUGCCUCUAGCCUAUCAUUUUUUGGCUUUGGGUGAAAACAACAAAGCCCUAUAUUACUUCUUAGAAAUCACAUCUGCAUACCUCAUCCUUGGUGAUAAUUAUAUGGCAUACAUCUAUCUGAAUGAGGGAGAGAGGCUGCUGAAAGCUCUGAAGAAGGAAAAGUCUUGGAGUCAGACUUUUGAGUCAGCCACCUUUUAUAGCCUCAAAGGUCAGAUCUGUUUUAAUAUGGGCCAGAUGGUGCUGGCCAGGAAAAUGCUGAGGAAGGCCCUGAAGCUGCUCAAUCGUGUCUUCCCUUAUAACCUCGCCUCCCUGUUUCUCCAGAUUCACAUUGAGAAGACUAGACAUGCUUAUUAUGUGAACCAGCAGGUCCAUGAGACCACACCUCCUGGAAAAAAGAGGCUGGCACAACUCCAUCUACAAACAACCUGUUUCUCCCUGCUCUGGCAGAUCUACAACCUAAACUACUUUUUUCACUAUAAGUACUAUGGCCAGCUUGCUGCACUCAUGCAGGUGAACACUGCUCUGGAGACACAAGACAGUUUCCAGAUCAUUCAGGCAUACCUGGAAUACUCGCUGUACCACCAGUUGACAGGCCAUGCCAGCCUGUGGUUCAAGUAUGAAAUCAUGGCCAUGGAGCAGGUCUACAACCUCCCUCUGAAAGGCGAGGGUAUUGAGAUUGUGGCAUAUGUGGCUGACAGGCUGAGCUACAACAAGUUCUUCAUGGGCCACUUGGACUUGGCCUUUGACUUAGGCUCUCGAGCCCACAAGAUAUGGUCUCUGCUCAGGAAUCCUCACAAACACCGUCAAGCCCUCUGCUGGCUCAGUCAAACCCUCUUCCUGAAAGACAGACCCAGACAAUUGAUCCAGGUGCUGGGCUGGCUGUGGGAUUUUUCCAUAGCAGAAGAACACAUCUACAGCAAGGCAUUUUUUUAUUUUAUCUGCCUAGACAUCAUGCUUUAUUCUGGCUUUAUUUACAGGCCAUUUGAAGAAUGUUUAGAAUUCAUAUGCCAAAAUGAAGACAACAGAAUCCUUAGGUUCCAAAGUGGGAUCCUCUUGGGACUGUAUUCAUGUACUGCUCUCUGGUAUGCCAGACUUCAGGAAUGGGACAACUUUCACAAUUUUUUCAACAGAGCUAAACUCCUUGUGCCUAGAAGAACACCGACAGCCCUGUACUACAAAGGUAUUAGCAGGUACAUGGAAUGCCAAGUCUUAUACCUUCAAAAGCAAAUUGAGGAAAAGCGUGAGAAUGCACAGGACAGUGGAGUUGAGUUGUUGAAGGUGAGGCGCAAUCUCUUCUUUCCAGGGUAAAAUACACCUUCCAUGGAUUUCUCUCCACGUACCAAUGAUUUUCUCUAGUUCUAUAAUUUUUACAUGUUUAUCCAAUGAGUCAUGCCCUUAAUUUCAUGGAUAGGUUCUCAGAAACAAUGACUUUAAGCAAAAUACCAAUUUGACUAUAGUCUAAUUAAUAUAAACAAGAGUUCAGGUCUUUG